CUUACCCGUGCUAACUCAGCAAUACCACAUACGUGCAGCGGGCGACCCUUACACCGCCCAGCGCUGGUUUUUACUCCGCACUGCGGCGGCGCCGGCCGCGCUUCCGGCCGCGCCAGCCUAAAUUGAACUUGAACUUGACGUAGACUAGAGCUUAGAAAAUGGCGGGGAAGAAGCUCAAGAAGGGAAAGAGCGGAAAUGCCGCUCAAUACAUCACUCGCACGCAGGCGGUGCGCAAACUGCAGCUCCGCCUAUCGGAGUUCAGGCGGCUAUGUAUCCUCAAGGGCGUGCACCCGCGUGAGCCCAAGAAGAAGCCAAAGGGCGCUAACAAGACAUACUACCACCUGAAGGACAUCAACUGGCUGGCGCACGAGCCGCUGCUGAACACCUUCAGGAGCAUCAAGGCGCACGACAAGAAGGUGCGCAAGGCCCGCGCCAAGCAGAACAAGGAGCUGGCCAAGCGGCUGGCGGCACUGACGCCCACCUACCGCCUGGACCACCUGGUGAAGGAGCGCUACCCGUCAUUUGUGGACGCGCUGCGCGACCUGGACGACUCGCUGACCAUGGUGCACUUGUUCGCCACGCUGCCCGCCGAGUCCAAGUACGACAUCCCCCAGCGCACCGUGCAGCUGUGCCGCCGCCUGGCGCUGGAGUGGCAGGCCUACGUGGUGCGCAGCGGCGCGCUGCGGCGCGUGUUCGUGUCCGUCAAGGGCUACUACUUCCAGGCCGAGAUCCUGGGCCAGUCGGUGACGUGGCUGGUGCCGCACGCGCUGAGCCAGGUGCUGCCGCCGGACGUGGACUACAAGGUGAUGCUGACGUUCCUGGAGUUCUACAACACGCUGCUGCAGUUCGUCAACUUCAAACUCUACCACAACCUGGGGCUGCGCUACCCGCCGGUGCUGGACCCGCGCCUGGAGGAGGCGGCGGCCGAGCUGGCCGCGAUCAUGAAGGACAUCGCCGGCAUGCGGGACGCCGCCGAGGGCGACCGCGCCGCUGAGGCCGCCGCCAUUGCCGCCGCUGACGGCGACGAGGCCGCCGCCGAGGCGGCUGCCGCCGCCGCUGACCCCACCAUGCGCGCGCGCAUCGACUCGUUGCAGACGCGUCUGCGCGAGAUCGUGGGCACGGGCAAGGGCGCGGCGGCGGGCGAGGAGGAGGACGGCAAGGAUGGCGAUGAGGAGGAGGAGGAGCCGGAGGAGGUGGACAGCGAGGCGGGCGAUGAGGACGAUGACGACCUGCCUGUGCUGGACUCUGGCGGCGAGGACGAGGAGGAGGAUGAGGAGGACGAUGAGGAGGAGGCCGCGGCGGCGCAGCGGAACACGGCGGCGGCGCGCAGCGGCGGCCGGGCCAGCACCUCGGCGGUGGCGCUGCUGGGUGAGGACGACGAGGACGAGGAUGACGACAUGCCGCUGGCCCGUGUCACCGCUGACGCCGACGCGGACGUUGACGCCGGCACGCGCGCCGCGGGCGGCGCCUGCGGCCCCGGCGUCGACCCCUCUGACGAGGCGGCGGUGUGCGGGUCGCUGUUCCGCGGCCGGGUCUUCUUUCUGGGCCGCGAGGUGCCGCGGGAGCCGCUCAUGCUGGUCAUCCGCGCCUUUGGCGGCGUGGCGGCCUGGGACGGCGACGGCUCGCCGCACGCGGAGACGGACGAGGCUGUCACGCACCAGAUCGUGGACCGGCCGAAGCAGGGCCACAAGUUCCUGUCGCGCGAGUACGUGCAGCCGCAGUGGGUGUUUGACAGCGCCAACUUCCGAGUGCUCAUGCCCACCGACCUGUAUGCGCCCGGCACUGUGCCGCCGCCGCACCUGUCGCCGUUUGUGGGCGAGGCGGAUGAGGACGGCUACACGCCCGACUUCGCCAAGACCGUGCGCCGGCUGCAGGACGCUGCCAACGCCGCGCGCCUCCGCGCUGCCGGCCUGGCGCUCAAGGGCGCCGACGGCAGUGAGUUUGUGGGCGAGGGCGCUGACGGUGCCGCCGCCGCCGACGGCGAGGGUGCUGCGGGCGAGGACCUGGCGGCAGCGGAGCGGCAGUAUGCCUCGGAGCUAGCCAAGGAGGUCAAGCAGGCGGCCAAGCGGAAGCGUGGCGAGGAGGCUGCGGCUGAGGAGGAGGACGACGAGGAGGAUGAGGAUGAAGAGGCGUCUGGGAGCGAGGACGGUGAGGACGAUGACGACGACGACGAGGAGGAGGAGGACGAGGAGGAGGAGGAGCGGCCGGCGAAGAAGUCCAAGCCGGCCGGCAAGGGCAAGGGCGGCGCGGGCAAGGACGAGGACGAGGAGGCGGCUAUGGCGGACAUUAUGAUGACGCGCAAGGCGCGCAAGAUGUACAACAACAUGAAGCAGAAGGAGGCGGCCAAGCAGGAGCGUGUGCAGCAGCUGGAGAGCAAGAAGGCCAAGUUGGCGGCGACAGGCGCGGCCGGGCCCAUGGGGCAGGUCAAGCCGGCGGCGGCGGGCAAGGCCGCCGCCGCCAAGGCGGCUGCGCCGGCGAAGGUUGCCGCGUCGGGCGGCAAGGGCGCUGCGGCUAAGGGCAAGGAGGCGCCAGCACCGGCGAAGGGCAAGGGUACCCCGGCGGCUAAGGGCAAGGAGGCACCGGCGCCAGCCAAGGGCAAGGGUGCUGCGGCGGCCAAGGAGGCACCAGCGAAGGGCGGGAAGGAUGCGGCCCCGGCCAAGCGGCAACGGCGGUAGUUUUAUCUGCCAGCAGCUUGGCGGCGUGUGCGUGCAUUGUUGACGGGGGUGUCAUAUUGAUUUGUUGACAGUGACUUGACCAACAUUAGAUACUAGGGCGCGCCUGCCGCUGCUGCACCGGUCCGCCCGCACGCAGUUCGGUCCGUUUUGCCACUCUGUGAGCUGGCGGCCGUGACGGUUGCAGCCCGGCGUGGCAGCUGCCAUGACGGCUGACUUGAUUGACAUUCUUUACUGGUUCGACUUGGAUUAGUUUGGUUGCUGAGUGCUCACAUGGUAUGACAGCGGAACGUGUAGCGACGAGAGCGUUUAAAUGACAUGCUGGUAGCGUGUGCCGCGUACCAAGCCGAGCAGAGACGUAGGAGGUGCUGCAAGAGCCGUGACUGGCCGCGCUGUGUAAAUCCUGCGCGUGAGAGCCGUCAUUGUGUCUGUGCAAUGCAGAAGAAAAUACGCAAACAGCAAAUUGCCACAGCCAGCACCCGCUGGACACAGACGAGAUUGCUCAUUGCUGCUAGCACCGAGCCCACGACACGGUUGCCGUUGAAACGCCUAUCACACUCAUGCACUGGUGCAUUCCCUAGCAGCCCAGGUCGCAUUCCUUUAACUUUCAGUGCGACUAGAUCCUUUCCAGGCUGGACCGUGGUCCACGGGCUGAACAGGUCGUCGGCUUGAUGGCUUCCGUGCUGAGGACACACAAAGGUUCUCGACGUGCGUGCGCGCGGUUCACACACACAGGUUCAUGGUGGGGCCUUGCACGUCGGCUGCUACAGACACUACGGCUGGCGGCCGGCGGAAAGUGAGCUCGGUGGCCCGGCGAACAGCGAUGCUACCGACCAGGCAGGGCCCCGUGCGCAAUCGACGCCUUGCAU